GAGGGGUGAGGUGAGGGGGGGAGCCCGGCCCCCGUCGCCAUGGCCAGUAACUCGCAGCCCCAGCAGCCGCCGGCGCCGCCGCCUCCUCUGCCUCAGCCCCAGCCGCCGCCGCCGCCCGGACCGGGGGCUGGGACCGCAGCUGGGAGAGGCGGAGGCGGUGGCGGCGGCGCGGGAGACCCUCAGCUCGUAGCCAUGAUUGUCAAUCACCUCAAGAGUCAGGGGCUCUUCGACCAGUUUCGCAGGGACUGCCUGGCCGACGUGGACACCAAGCCUGCCUAUCAGAAUCUGAGACAACGUGUGGACAACUUUGUUUCAAAUCACUUAGCAACUCAUACAUGGAGUCCCCACCUCAAUAAGAACCAGUUAAGAAACAAUAUUAGACAGCAAGUUCUCAAGUCAGGAAUGUUGGAGUCUGGUAUCGACCGAAUUAUUUCUCAGGUUGUAGAUCCAAAAAUCAACCACACAUUCAGACCUCAGGUGGAAAAAGCUGUUCAUGAAUUUUUGGCCACAUUAAAUCAUAAAGAGGAGAUAAGUGCCAGCACAACUCUAGAUGAAGAAAAACCAGAUUCUUCUAUCAUAAUGCAAGGUGCCCCUACUGCUGGAUCCAGUGCUAAUGUAGCUAAUGAUGCCAUGUCCAUUUUGGAAACUAUAAGUUCUCUUAAUCAAGAAGCAAAUGCUGCCAGGGCAUCAACAGAAACCAUAAAUCCCAAGGGCAGUGAAAGAACAUCAAAAAGACUCCUAUCUCAGCCAAGCAUGGAAGCUGGCCCUGAGCGAGAGAGAAAUACAGAAGACAUAGUAGAUAAAGACAAAUGCUUGCCUGACCCAUUCAUUGAAGGAUUUGAAACAGUCUCAAAAUUGGAAGAUGUAAAUGAUCUCCCUAGUCCAAUUGAAGAAAUAAAAAAUCCCAUGAAGGACAAUAAUAAUUUGAUUCUACCAAACAAAGAUGUCCUACAAGAAAGCAGUGACCAAAAAACUAAGCUAAUAGAGAAAGGGGAAAAGAAACCAGAUGUCAAUGAAAAGAGCGAAAGAAAGAAAGAAAAGAAAGAAAAGCCUGAUAAGAAAUAUGACCAGUCUAAGAGGAAUGAAGAUAUACAAAAAAUAAAGGAUGAAAAGCAAGUAAAAGAAAAAGAAAUAGAAUGUGUAAAGCAGCCACCCUUAGAAAGGAACAGUAAUAAACUUAAAAUAUUUGAUGGAACAAAAGAAGAUUGUUCUUUGAUAGAUUCAGAUAUGGAUGGACUUACAGAUAUUACAGUUAGCUCUGUCCAUACCAGUGAUCUUUCAUCCUUUGAAGAAGAAAGUGAAGAAGAUGCUGUAGUUUCAGAUAGCACUGAAGAAGGAGAGAUUACAUCUGAUGAUGAAGAAAGAGAGAUUAAAAAUAAAGCAAAACCUCAAGUUAGUGAACCUGGGGAAGGAAAAGCAAAAACUGUCCGGCACACUUAUGUGCACAGGCCUUAUCUGUACUCCAAAUAUUACAGCGAUUCAGAUGAUGAACUGACUGUUGAACAGCGUCGGCAGUCUGUUGCCAGAGAGAAAGAAGAAAGACUUUUAAGGAGACAGGUUAACAGGGAGAGACUUGAAGAAAAGCGUAAGCAGAAAGCUGCAGAAAAAACAAAAUCAUCAAAAACCAAGAGUCAAGGCAAAAGUAGUGUGGAAUUGGAUGAGUCAUCUGGAAAAAAUAUGGAAUCAAAAACUACCAGAAUUAAAGAAGUGCUUAAAGAACGAAAAGUUUUAGAAAAAAAAGUAGCUCUAAGUAAAAAACGAAAAAAAGAUACAAGGCAUGCUGAUGAUAGUUCUAAAAAGAAAAAUUCCGAAGAAGAUACCAAAGAAGCCACAAAAACAAAUGAGCAUUGUGAAAAGGUAUCCUCUUCAAAGGAACUGAAGCACAUUCAUACAAAAAGUGACCCAAGUAAACCUGCUCGUAGACUUUCUGAGUCAUUACAUUCAGCUGAGGAAAACAAAAGUGAAUCUAAAAUGGAAAAGGAACAGAAAAGACGGACUUCUACCUCUUUUCCAAUGGAAGGAGCCCAGCAAGACACAGAUACAAAAGAUCCCAAAAGACACUUGGAAAAAUUAGAGAUAAAUGUUGAAGAAAUUCAGAAGCAGAAAAGUACACUUAAAAUUGAAAAGCAUCUUAAGAAAGAUGAUUCUGAAACACAGCAUUUAAAAAUUUUACCCAAGAAAGAAGUGAAAUCAAACAGAGAAAAGGCCGAAAAGGAGAAAACUCUGUCAGAAGACAAAUUGCCUGCAAAGCAUAAAUAUAAAGGAGACAUUGUACAUAAAACAAGUGAUGAGAUUGAACUUCAUACUUCUGAGAAAGUCUUGAAAGGAGAUGAGAACUUUCAAAAGCAAAGUCAGCAACCAAAGAUUUCUUCUGAUGAUAAAUCUGACAAAAAAAGUAAACAUAAGAAUGAACGGAAAAUAUCAGUAUUUAGCAAAGACGGAAAAACAGUUUCUGAGUAUACUAUAAAAACUGAUGAAACUGUACGUAAAGAAAAUAGCAAAAAAGAUAGACAUAUUUCAGCAGAAAAAACUAAAUCAGAACACAAGUCAAGAAGGUCAAGUGAUUCGAAAAUUCAGAGAGACUCCCAAAAUUCCAAACAGCACAAUUAUACAUCUCAGAAAAAAAAUGAAAAUUAUUCAGAAGAUAAGUGCGAUAUGGAAUCAACUAAUUCAGAUAGUAAUUUAAAAACAGAGGACAUUGUUCACAAGGAACGAAAAAGAACAAAGAGCUUAGUUGAAGAUAAAUUUUUAUUAAAAUCUAAAUCAAAAAGUCAUAACAAGCUGUCAAAAGCAAAUGAAACAGAAUUGCAAGAAAAUGUCACUAAACAAGCUAUUCCAAAGCCUGACAAAGAAAAAAUCUUAGAAGAAAGUGACAGCGAUAAACAACGAAAACCCAAAAGUGAUGAUAAAGUUUUAGAGGAAACUGGUAUUGAAUCCGAACUUGAAAGUACCUCCUCAUCUACACAUGGCACACUGAAAGAUUCUAGUCACAGAAUUAAAUUGCCAUUGGGAGAAAAAGCGUUGACAAAAGAAAAACAUAAGAAUGAUAAAGAUUUGAGUUCUAGGCUUGAGAGGAAAUUAUCAGAAGGGCACAAGAGUAGGAGCUCAAAACAUGCUAGCAAGGAAAUUAAAAGGAAGGAAGAAAACAAAGAAGAAAAGGAGGGUAAAGAAAUUGAAAAUAAUCAUGAAAAAGCUAAAGGCAGUAGUUUAGUCCUGGAAAAGAAAUUAAGUAGAAGGCUAUGUGAAAACCGAAGAGGAAGUUUAUCAUCACAGGAAUCAACCAAAGGAGAGGAAAAAUUAUCAACAGACAAUAUUUCCUCUCUUCAGAAACUGAGAAAGAGUAGUGAUAACCUAUUAAUUCUUGGGCAAGAACCAAUGGAAGUUGACCCAGAGCAAACUUUUGUAAGUGUUCUUGAAGUCUCUAAAACCCAAGACAAAAACAGUAUUAGCUCAGAGCAAGAAAUUGGAUCUGAAAACAUAAAACUUGAAACUCCAUCCCCAGUUCCAAGUGAUGAGUUAAGAACUAUUGCAAGUAAUCUGAAAUCAGUAGAUUCAGCCUUUAAAUCUGAACAUCAGUCAACUGCUGUCAGUAACUCCGAAGUGAAUACUGAACAUGAAAACAUCCUUGCUAAGAAAAUUAAUGUCCUGGAUCUUAUACCCAAGCAAAAUUCUGAAGAGAGAGAAUCCAUUCAGCAAGAUACUCAACAAGAGGGUAUAGACCCUGAAAUCAGUUGUGAGAUUCUGGAGAAUGUCCAGUCAGAAAACACUGACACUCUAGAGAAUUUAACAGCCAUUACUAAACCCAGUGAGGAAAGUGUUACUCCAUUACUCAGUUCUUCUACUGAAGAAGAACCAACCCUUAAACAUUCCAUAAACACAGAUUCUUUACAAUGCUUAGUUUCUACAGCUGAUGUACCUGAAAAAGAUUCUCAUUUAGAUAGAAGUUCUUUAUCUGAGGAAAAAGUUGUUUUGGAAUGUGAAACCAUAAACACUUCAUACACAGGCCACUGUACUGUGUUAGGGACAAGUUUGAAUACGAAGGAACCUGAAACCACAAAGUUGAGUAGCAGCAACAUGGAACAUGGUGCCACUUCUUUCACAAGUCAACCAUCAAGAGAAAACAGUGCUGCCAAUGAAAACAUUAAAGAAAGUGAUUCAGCAGCUACAUUAGAUAGUGAACAAGAAAAAGAGAAAUGCACAGUAUCUCAAGAUAAUUUGAAAACUGGCAUUAUUUUUAAUGAGGAUGUUAACACAACAGAAUUUGUUUUGACACAAGGAACUGAUAAAAAUGAUGGCAUAUUUCUGGACACUAGUUUAGAACAGGAUAUGAAUGCUAUUGAAGAUGUUGGUAAGGAAGAAGAAUGUGAUGUAGCUUUUGUAAUAGAGCCUAAUAUAGAAAAAGAUACUAUAAGUGUUGAAGCUACAGAAAAUGUAAACAUAGACACUGUGAGUAUGAGAAGUCUAGAAGAAGCUGCAAAUGUAAUAACUGAUGUUGAAGGAAGGAAUGAAAAUAGUGAAGUAGGCACAAGUGCAGGAAGUAAUGGAUUCAUUUCUCUACACCAAAGAAAUGAAACAUCUAACAUCACUACAGUAGGGAUUAGCAAAGUGGAAAAAAUUGCUAUUCCCACCAGUACUGAAGAGAAAGGUGAAACAAUUACCAUAGACUCUGUAAAGGCAGGUGAUGCCACAGCAACUUCCACAGGUAGAGAAGAAAGUGAGGACACUGUCUUUUGUACAAGCAUUGAGGCGGAUGAAGGCUUUGUAACAGGUAUAUGCACUGCAAACCAUCCUGUUCCUAUUGGAGUAGAAGCAAAUGAAUGCACUGUUGUUGCAGCAGCUGAAGAAGGUGGUGGUGUCACUGAAGGACUUGCUGAAAGCGAAACCUUACUCACUAGUACCAAGGAAGGAGAAAGUGGAGAAUGUACUGAUGCAGAAGAAAGAGAUAAAGACUCUGAUGGAACUCAUACAGUAAAAAUGGAGACUAAUGUAAAUAGUGCUGAAACAGAAGAAAAAGAUGAUGCUGUUACAAGUGCUGGCUCUGAUGAAAAAUGUAAUGGUUCCUCAAGCAGAAACUCAGGAAUAGUUGAGGGUACUGUGACUUGUAUAAGUGAGAUAGAAAGUGAUGGAGCUGUAACAAGUGCAGGCACAGAAGUAACAGAGGGUUCCUUAAGUAGUGAAGAUGUAGAUGAUUUCCAGAGAAGUAUGACCAGAACAGGUCCCCAAAAAGAAACUGAGGGUACUGUAACUUGUACAGGAGUGGAAGGAAGAAGUGAUAACUUCAUUAUUUGUUCAGUGACUGAUGCAGAGGCACAAGAAGAAAGCCUGGUUACUGGUGCUGGUGUAACAGUGGUAAAUAAUGAUGCCACCACUGGUGUAAGUGCCAACCAAGAAAGUGAAGAUUCUGUCAAUGAUGGUCCAGAAGGUGAAAGUGCAGUCACUAGCACAGGAAUAACAGAAGAAGAAGGAGAGGGGGCAGCAAGUUGUACAGGAUCUGAAGAUAGCAGUGAAGGCUUUCCAAUAAGCUCUGAAUCAGAGGAAAAUGGAGAGAGUACAAUGGAUAGUACAGUGGCCAAAGAAGUCACAAAUAUCACAUUAAUUGCUGUUGGUCCUUGUGAUGAUGAGGGCGUUGUGACCAGCACAGGUGCAAAAGAAGAUGAGGAUGAAGAUGAGGGUGUUGUUACUAGUACAGGAAGAGGAAAUGAAGUUGGGAACACUUUAACUUGCACAGGAAUAGAGGAAGAGGGUGAAAGUGCAUUUACUUGUCUGAGUGCUGAAGAUAGUGAAAACUUGAUACUCUGUACUGCUGUUGAGCAUGUUGAAGCUGAGGCAGGCACAGCUGUCAUAAAUACAAAUGAAAAUGGUAUUGACAGUAUGACUAGUGCAGAGAAAGAAAUGAAACAUGGGAUGAUCUACUUUGGUGCAAAGGAGAUUGUUGAAAGCAGUGUGACCAGUGCAGUUUCAGAAAAGCCUGAAAUGGCACUAAUUCCUAUGGAUACAGAAGAAUGUGACGGUCCUAUGACCAGUGCAGCUACAAAUAAUGAUGAGAGUCAGUUAACUAGUGAAGAAAAAGAUGAAGAUGCAACAAUUUCUACUGGUAUAGUAGAAAGUGAUGAGGUUCUAGUAUCUGAAGCAGUCCCAGAAUAUGAAAUUGAACAUAUUCUUCUAACAAGUGAAAAAGAUGAUGAUCUUCUAUGUACUGUGGACAGUGAAGAUAACAAAAACCAGAGUAUUUUUGUUGGUGAUGAAAGCAAAAGCAAAGGUUUAAUGAUUUCUACCAGUACUUCAGAUGAAUAUUGCAUACCUCUACUAAGUACUGUUGCAGAAGGUAAUGAAGGCCAUUGUAGUACUGUAAGAAUCAAAGAGAAUGAUGGGGUUGCUUUAGAACUUGAAGAAUUUGAAGCACCUAUGCCCAGUGCAGUUAUAGAAGAUCAAAGUCAGCUUCCUGCUGUUGGGAAAGCAGAAAAGGAUGAGUGUGCUAUGAUUUCCACAAGCAUCAUAGAAGAGUUUGAUGUACCAAUGUCUAGUGCAACUAUUGAAAAUUAUGAGGUUCAACAUCCUGUUGCCACAACUGAAGAAAGAAAUGAAAACAUCAUCUUUAUAGCUGCUGAAGAUUAUGAAGCACCUAUGUCCAGUGCAACCACAGAACUUGAAAGGCAGCUUGCCUCUACUAGCAAAGAUGAAAAAGAUGAAUGUGCCCUAAUUUCUACAAGUAUAACAGAAGAAUGUGAGGGUCCUGUUUCUAGUGAGGUUAUUGAAAGGGAAAAUGAGCAUCCUGCCACAAUAAUAGAAGAAAAAGAUGGGAGUGCUCUAAUCUCUACCAGCUCAGGGGAAGAUUGUGAGGGACCAGUGUCUAGUGCAGUCCCAGAGAACAACGAUCAUCCCCCUGCCAGUACAGUAGAAGAAAUGAAUGAUACUUCCAUCAUCUCCACAAGCACAACUGAAGAAUGUGAGGUAGUCAUGACCAGCUCAGUCCUGCAGAAUGAAAAUAGACUUCUUAGCACAAUCACCGAAGAAAUAAAUGAUGCUGCCAUCAUUUCCACCAGCACAACUGAAGAAUAUAUAGUGGUUGUGACAAGCCUAGACAAACAUGAAAUGAUUCAACCCACUAUAUUAGGUGCUGAAGAAAAUGAAAACUCUUUGGUAGCAUCACCUGAAAAAGUAAGAGAAUAUGAGAUCCCCAUGCCAAGCAUAGUUGCUGAAAAUGAUGACCCUCAAAGUCCUAAGCCAAACAUAAAAGAAAAAGAGACUAAUCCAGUGAUGUUCAUAAACUCCAUAGAAGAAUUUGGGGGUUCUUCAAAUAAUGAACUUACACAUGAAGAAAAAAAGGAUAGUUCUUCUAGCACUGUAAAUAUAGAAGAUGAAAGUAUUCAUGAGGAUGCUAGGGAUAUUGAAAAUGGUGCUUCCACAAGCAACUCAAUAAGUAAUACCUCAACCAUUGUUACAGAAACAGGUGAGGACUCAUUGAUGAAUCAGAGCAAACACAAGAAAAUGUCUGAAGAUAUGACUGAAGACUCCAUAGGCAGUAUUUGCUCUUCUGCAGCUAUAGAUGUUAGUGCUGACAAAGCUGAGGAUGUGCCAGAUGCCAAAGAAAUAAUAACAGAGCUUUCUGGUAUUCCUUCUGAGAAAGUAAAGCACAGUGACUACUUGAAAACUGAAAACCCUGAGUGUAUUAGUGACCUACUGUCAGAAAUUAUUAUUUCCAAAGCCAGAAUUCCUUCUUAUGAUGAACAAGUUCCUCCUUUAGCCCCUGAAUGGGAAAACAACAUAACUAUAAAUAGUAAUCAAAAUGCUGAACUAAUUUUUGAAGCUAUAGUAGAAAAAAAUAGUGAACAUGAUAUCAUAAAGAACUCAAUUAAGGUGGAAGAGAACUUUGGAAUUAACAUUUCUUCUGUAGAAGAUGCACAUGAUACAGGCAGUAGAGAGACUCUACCAAAUGUUUUGGAAGGAUUAGAACAGAAAACUAACUUGGAAACUGAGACUGCUGUGCCUUCAGAAGAGGAGAAAAAUCAGUCUAUUUCAAAAGAACCAGAAGGCUUUGAUGGAGAAGGAGGAAAUGGAAUAGUUGAACCACAGAAAAUUACCGUGUUGGAGAAUGAUUCAACAAAUGUAAAAAAUUCAGACUUGGAAAUAAAUGAAGACGUUCACAGUUGCAAGGAAAGGAAAACAAAGAUUUCAGAAAACACUAAUGAAAUAAAAGUAGAUAGACCUGCCAAUGAAAAGGACAUCUAUGAAGCUGUAAAAAGUCAAACUGUUGAAGUGAAAGAAGAGCUAGGAUUUCCUUGCCAAGAAGAUAGAAAUAAUAUACCUAGAAGAAAAAGGAAAAAAUAUUCUUCCUUUUCAGAAGAUGAAUUAGAUGAUAACCCAGGCUCAUGCAGCAAAGAAGUGGUACAGAGUCAGUGUUCUGAAACAAAAUCACAAGUUAUAAAGGAAGAGAGUUCUGAACGUACAGAAGAGAUAUGCCAAGAAAGUAUUAAAAAUACUGCUACUUUAAGUUCCAUGGCAGAAAAGGGUGAGCAUAGUAACAAGGAACAUAAUGAUGAAAAGGCAGAGGAGAAUGAAGAGGACAAUGUGAAAUCUCCAGAGGAAGACCAUCCUGUAAUAGUUAAAAGAAAAAGAGGAAGACCACGUAAAUACCCUAUAGAAGUAACAGUAAAAACUAAAGAAGACUCCAAAACAGAUACUGAUAUGGUAACUAUACGACAAUCUCCACUGAGGGACAGAGUGAAGAUUGCUCAAACAGAUGACCCUAAUGAAGAAGCGAAUUUGACCAAUGAUAACGGAGAAGAAAAAAUAGUAGCAAUUAUACGCCGUAGAGGAAGAAAGCCCAAGCGCUCUUUCGCUGUAUUAGAAGAAACUGCAGAAACAUCAGAGCCAGAAAGAAAACGUCAGAAAUCAGCAUCUGAAGCAAUCGAGGACAAAAAAGACCAAGAAUCCGAGGAGGAGGAGGAAGAGGAAGAGGAUGAGGAUGAAAAGUAUUCAAGAGCCACAACUAGAUCAGCUACAAGAUUAGAAGCUCAAAGAAAGCAGCCAAGCAAGCCAGCUACACGUGCCACUUCCAAACUUGGCAGCCCAGAAUCAUUUUCUCCUAGAAAUCGCCAAAAAUUAGUGAAAGAGAAGUUGUCCACCAGGGAAAAAGUUAGUAAAUCUCCCCCAUUAGGAAGAUCAAAGGCACAGCUCUCCCCUCCUGCCAAACGCAAGAGAGAGACCAGCCCACCAGUGGUCCGAACAAGAGGUCAGCAGAAAGUGGAAGAAGCACCAGGAAAAAAGGCAAAACGGUCAUACUGAGCAUUUUUUUCCCCUGGUUUGAAAAAGUGGUAAGAGAGGCACCUCUCAGGGCAUCCACUUUUUCAGAAGAAAGGGGAUGCGCAUGUGCUGUAUGUUACCAGAUGCAAGCUUUCUCUUAUGUUUUGAACAGCUUUACAAAUUCUCAUUUUUAGGAGAUAUGUACAUUUAUUUCAGAUAAAGGAAAAUAAGUUUACUUUGUAUCUGAAUUUCAAACAAAGUAGUUGUAUAUUUUAACAUUCAAAGUUGGGAUUUCCCAAUGUGACAGACAUCGCUAAUGCAAAAGCUUCCAACACAUGAGGCACCUGGCUGCCUCUUGAUAAUCUUUGUACAGUAUAUAAACAUGUAAAAAUAGGUUGUAUUUUACUCUAUGUAUGAUGCUACGCAAUGAUGAACACUUUAUUUAUUUUACAGAGAAGACUUAUCUGUAAGCUUUACUAUAUAUCUGUUUAUUUUUAUUUUGUUUCUCCACCUCCCCCCCUUUUUUUUUCUUUUUUACUAAAAACAGGUUUUAAAUGCUAUGCAGUCAUCAGUAGGAAUUGUUUCAGGCCUCUGCCCUGAACUUAUCUGAAUAUAGUAUGGCAGGAGGUAAAGAAUUAUUUCGCAUGUAUUCAAGUAAGUAGAUUAGUUAAAGAAAGGGACUCAGUUGUUUUUCUGUUCACAAUUGUGACUAUGUUAAAGAAACUGUAACUUGUUUUUAAAUUACAUUCACAUAUGUGACUUUAUUACCAACUUAAAUGAAGUAAAAAUAGUUCUAGUUUAGGAAUACUCAUGCCAUCGUCAGAAACUUUUCCAUUUGAGGUUCAACCCAACUACUCUGUGUUAUUUCAAAGCUUACCUUAUUCUUUCAGUAUUUGUCCUUUUCAAUGAAGAGAAAUCCAUUGAAGAUGAAAAAAACAUUUCUUCCUAUAUCUAUAGAGCUUUGGCAUUUUAUGUUCUGUUUUAUACACAAGUAUUUCAGAAUAAAACCUGGUCUUAUGGCCAGAGCCUUUUUUUAACAUGUUUUAACUCCCAUAAGAACAAACUGUCCAAGCUAAGUUUUUCAUAAGAUUAAACUUUUCUUAAGAUCAAAUUUGUCUCUUGCAAUGAUGUAAUAAGUUGCCAAAUAAUCUGAGAUUAUUUUACAAUGUUGUGUUCAUAUUCUUAUGUUUUAUAAUUAAAAUUUACAUUCUGUGUGGGUUUUUUUUUUUGGACUCUUAUGUAAGGUGGAUAUUUCUGUCAUUUUACAUGGUUUCUUACUGAGAUUUUAUAUAUAAAUUAUAAAAUGUUUCCCAAA